AUGAGUUGCACGGGUGAGGGCGACACUUCUGAGGACAAUGCCGGCGCGUGUAGGCCCCCUGGCUCUGUGUCGUCGUACUGUAUAGACAGCAUACUCGGUCGCAGGAGCCCCUCCAAAUUUCACGCCAGGAAAAAUAUUCCACCGCUCUCUGGGACAAGGGUACGCUCUGAUGGCUAUAUUUUAAUCACCCCAGACAGCACGCAACUUGACAAAGAGAGUCUGCAUGGUCAACCUUUGGGAUCUGUUGGCGAACUCUCUGAAUCCAGUAAAGGUAUCCCUGUCGACAAGGAACGGAAAAAGGAUGAACACACUCGGAGCAAACCUUGUAGGUGCCUGAGGAAAACCUACAAGCCGCCAGUCACCCCCAGUCGUAAGUCCUACCUGGAGAGCGCCCCAGCGAGCUCUAAACGUGUGCUGGUGGAGCAGAGAGCGAAAGAUGUAGCGUUCAGGGACCCGAAAUUAUCAUCAUCAUCUGCGAAUGAAGAAGUCCUGCGCAGUGAUGGAAGCCUUAGGGAAGGAGAGGACUGUGUGUGUUUGUCCGCGGGCAGUGACUCCGAGGAGGGAAUGCUAAAGCGCAAACAGAGGAGAUACAGGACUACUUUUACGAAUGAUCAACUCGAGGAAUUAGAGAGAGCUUUCCAAAAAACUCACUAUCCAGACGUGUUCACCAGGGAGGAACUAGCAAUAAGACUGAACCUCACAGAAUCACGUGUGCAGGUCUGGUUUCAGAACCGUCGAGCCAAAUGGAGGAAGCGAGAAAAAGCUGGUGUGCAGCCCCUGCCCCUAAACUUCCCUUUCCUGGGGCCUACGCCCUCAUUCCACCCCACGGGUCACUAUCUUGACCGGGGACCAUUACCUACCCAUCUGCUCCCCUUUUUGGACACAGCAUGGACUGAUGGAACCACCUCUUUCCCUUUCCUUGGCCAGUCCCUUUCCAUCGCCUCUCUAAGCCUUGGAUCUUUCCCAGGUGUGGCCGUGUGCAGACAUCCAGCAGUCAUAGGCCCCUCGUUUGGUCGGAUAUUCUCCAUGCGCCCACUGACCCUUCCAAGGCUCCCCAUACCUGCAGCAGUGAGCAGUCCUGUCCCGAGCCAGAACACCCUGCCCAACUCUCCGUCCUCCACCCCUCCGUCCAUGUCCUCCUCUCCUGCGGAGCGUCGGGCCUCUAGUAUCGCUUCUCUGCGCCUCAAAGCAAAGGAGCACUCAGCCCAGCUGACGCAGCUCAACGCUGAAGCUUCUUGCACAGCCAGAAGGGAGCCAUGUUGA